AUGCAGCUGAGGCUUGCCGUCUUCGCCCUCCUCUGCGCCCCGCUCGCGGCCAUAUGGAUUGGCGAAGAAUACUGGACGGUCAUCGAUUAUCUGGGCAACAUCCGCGACGGGAAGACCACCGCCGACUUUUUAACGAUCCCCAAUGCCGAUGGGUCGGAGGCGCGCGGAUGGGUGGCAUACUGGAUCACGCGCACGAAGUACGGCUCGGGCCAUUAUGAAGCUUUUGGGCACGCGAUUCGACGGGCCGACGGAAGGGUGUGCGGCUACUUCGUGGGGCAGGACGACGAGGUGGUCGAGGUGUGCGGCGGAUUCCGCGUAUUGUCGCGUAAUCGCCAAGACGCGCAGCAGGGGACCACGUUCCGCUGGGUGUCGGGCCGCGAGACGAACUCGUACGACGCCGUCGGAUUCACGAAUCACAAGAUUGCCAGCUUCAUGAAUGGCACUGGGGCCGACGGCUACGAGUUCGACACACGCGUUCAUUUCCUUCGCAAAUCCACCGCUGAACGUGGCCCCGAGCGGACUGGCGCGUACUUGGCGUCAGCCUACAGCGACCCGCACGUGCGACAUGCCGAGGGAUGGGCCGGACAUCCUGGACAAACUUUGGCUGAUAUUCAUGUGCCAUUUAUCAGGUUUGACCCCCGUUCAUCGUUAUAUGAUGGUCGAUACAACCCGUAUGAUUCGCAGUACGAUCCGGAAAUGGAUCGAAUGUGGAGGGCGGCGAAUAUUCGAGCCGACGGCCAGAAGCCGGCACCGCCACGCGGCUACGACCCGCGCACCCAUCAGCAACGACUACGCCCCAAUCCCCCUGCCGGUCGGGAGGUGGAGCGUCCCGUACGCGUGCUGCGACCAGGACCCGUCAUCCCGGCACCUGCUGGCAAUGGGCAACAAUCUCUGCCCGCCCACAUUCUCUCCCCGGGCGCCGAUCGUGGCCUCACGGUCGUCGACUAUCAAGGGAAUGUUUACCGUAAGCAGCCCAAUAGCGACAACUUCGAACAGGAGGAUCGGCGACCGUCGAUAGAUAUUGGUCGUGGCGCUGCCCCACAUCAACCAGUCCAACCAGAAAUCGGCGGUGGCUCCGAGCCAGAUCAACGUCCCGAGCCGCCACAACCCGAAGAGGAGAGACCUGUGAUCGGUGGAGGUGCCGAGCCGGAAGACGAUCGACCAGAUAUUGGAGGCGGAGCGGAGCCGGAAGUGGGUGAGGAGCGACCGGAUUCAGAUAUCGGAGGCGGCGCGAGGCCAGAUGCGGCACCUGAAAUUGGAGGUGGCGCCGGUCCGGCUGAGGUGAAUGACAUCCCGGAAAGUCAAGAAGCGACGCAGGAUGAUGGAGUAGAAUUGCCGACCGACGACAAUGAUGACGCUGACUAUUUGCUGGACAAAACGAGACCGUCCCUCCCCGAGGCGCCCGUCCCGCCAAACGACGACGAAAAAGACAUCCAGCUCGAAGAAUCGAAGGAAGAAGCA